AGGAUGAAAGAGUGGAGAAGGGCGGAGUAUUUGUCUUAUAACUAGAAUUAAUGUUUUUUUUCUCAAGUUAUUUUAUUAUGCAGGUUGCUCAGAAUUAUAAUUUCAGAUCUGAAAGCUUCUUUUUUGAUUAAUAAUAAAUUAGCCUUUUGCGGAUUAGUCAUAUAAAAUAAUUUAGUCAUCAUGUCUAUUCCAAAAAUGGGUAAAAGUGGAGAGGAUGUUUAUGUGAUAGCUAAGUAUGACUACCAAGCCCAGGCUAGUCAAGAACUGGACAUCCGAAAAAAUGAACGACUUCUUUUAUUAGAUGAUACUAAACACUGGUGGAAAGUUUCAAAUUCUAAAAACCAGUCAGGGUUUGUACCAUCAAAUUUUGUCAAGCGAGAAAAACCAUCAAUAUUUGAUAGUUUUCGUAGAAAAGUCAAAAAGAAAAGUGAAUCCAAAAUGUCACCAACUGCUUCACCAGUUACCACCAAAGACAUUAACAUCAGUGCCUCUUCCCGAAACAGUACUUCUCCUAAGAACAAAGCCUUGGUAACCUCCACAGCAUUAGCAAAAUACAAUUAUACGGCUCAGCAAUCAGAUGAAAUAUCCUUGGUGAAAGGCACAAGAGUGGUUGUUAUGGAGAAAUCCAGUGAUGGUUGGUGGAAAGGUGAAUAUGAAGGCUGUAUAGGCUGGUUUCCCUCCAAUUAUGUACUCGAGGAAGUUGAUGACCUGAAUGAUGUUAGCCACAAUUAUACUCCUGCUGGUUCAGCUACAGGAACUUUAAAGGACACUGAAUGUUUGGAUGUUGUUUUAGCUAUGUAUUCAUAUUCUGCACAGAAUGAAGAAGAAAUGUCUUUUCAUAAAGGAGAACACCUUGAGAUAAUUGAUCGACCAGCUAAUGAUCCAGGCUGGUGGAGGGCUCGUAACCAAGCUGGAGAAGUUGGUUUGGUUCCGAAGAACUAUGUUAAAGUAAUUACAAUGAGGCAAAGUAGUGGAACUUUAGAAUCUACAGGCUCUUCCUCUUCCAUUGGCAGAGCAAUUGGUGGUUCGGCAGCUGUAGGUUUAGACUUAAGUCGUGUUCAAACUGAAAUAUCCAACAUUAGUGUGACAUCUGCAGAAGGAUCACCAAUAGUACAGGCCAAAAACAGGGGUCCUCUUCCAGUUCCUGUUUUAAGACAGGAUCUUCUAGCUAAAUCUUGGUAUAUAGGAAAUGUCACAAGGAGUCAGUGUGAUCAAAUGCUUAGUGAAUAUGGUCAAGAUGGAGAUUUUCUAAUUAGGGACAGUGAAACAAAUAUUGGAGACUUUUCAGUAUCAUUAAAAGCACCAAACAGGAACAAGCAUUUCAGAGUACACGUAGAGGAAGGAAUUUUUUGUAUUGGCCAACGAACUUUUUCUUCUCUUGAUGAUCUUGUGGAACAUUAUAAAAGAGCUCCAAUAUACACCAGCCCUCGUGGGGACAAAAUGUAUUUGAUCAAACCUUUAAAGAAACCAUAAAUAAUAUCUGUCAUAUGUAUUAUUAUAGCAGGUGGUGUUGUAACCACAUUACCAGUCUAAACAACUGUGUAAUUAAAAAAAAAACUGUCACUUCCAAGCCAGGUAAAAUUUCUAGUGAAUGGAGAUCAGGCAGGUAGAUCAUUUUGCUUUAUCAUCUUUCUUCUGUUCAGCUGAUAGUUCAAUACCCCAAAAUAUAUGGCGUGUUCAACUUGUUCAGAAAGAUUCUGGGAGGUGUGUUUUCUGCCAAUUUAUUAUUUAUAAUACUCUUUCUAAACUUAUGAAGCAUAAGAAAUACUUAUACUUAUUGUCAAUCAAAGUCCAAAAAAUACUAAUGUUUACAUUAGAUUUAUUUGUGUCUUUCAUUGCAGCUACUUUUUUUUCUUUACGAAACAACAAUAUUUAUAACUAUUUAUACUUGUUACUUUAGAUUCUUGGCACAGAUAGUUAUAUUUUUUUUAAUUUUGAGAAAAUCUGAAACUAGUUUAGUGUGCUUGUAAUAUCCUUAACUUGUUUUUGAAUUUAAAAUACACAAUUGGUUGAUUUGUAAGUGGUGUGUAAUAGCUGGUUACAGAAAAGGCUUCUCUUAUUAGAUUUACAAAGCCAGCCUUUCUUUGAUUUUAUUAAGCUUGUAGGCUUUAGCUGGUUUUAUAAAGCUAACAUUUUAAGUGGUUCUAUGUGUAGUUUGCAGCCAUUGUUUACUUUAUAUAAUUUGUAAGUGUGUGUUAAAAAGUUAGCCUUUUGUGCCUGGUUUAUCAAACUAGCCUUACUCUGAGCAUUAUAACCUUCAUUGGCUUAUUUCAGAAAGCUAGCAAUAAUGGCCUGUUUCAUAAGCUUCCAAACCAUCUUAAACAAUGUAAAUAUACAACUACAAGCUAUUUAAAUAUUUUACAUUAAUUUGUUAAUAUGUUUUGUACAAUAUAUGUAAGAGAUAAAGGAUCAAAUUAAAUGUUGUCACAUAUGAUUGAGAAACAUUAAAUAAUGUGUACAGUCAUAGUGUAAGUAUAUUUUCAGUUCUUGAUGUACUGUAUUUUGGUUGUUAAAAAAGUUGCUAAUGUGUGCUGAACCAGAGACUGUUUUUUAUGAUAAAUAUGGAUUUGUGUCAUUUAUAAUGUGCAAAAUAACUUUAGGAUAUUUUGGCAAGACUUCAGUGUCUGCAACCCAAUGUCUUUUGCUGGUUAUUUGGGUUAUAUACUUUUAAUAUUUGGUAUAUUUUCACAGUAUGUGUACAUGCUACUAGAUUCAAGGUUGUUUGUAUGCUGCAGAAGUAUUUAUGGAGGUGUAGAUAUGGAAGGUUUCUGAUACAUUUGUGUUUAUAGAUGUUUUAUACAAAUACAAUGAGAAAAUUCUUCAAUUUGUGCAAUAGCAUUGCUGAUAGUCAUUAAUACAUUUGAAGAAGUUUACAUAAUAUUUAACAAGUAAUUGCUGUUAUUAUAACAUCUGCAUGACCUUACAAUUUUAAGUAAGUAUAGAUUUUAAAAUUGAAAAAAAUAUAUUGAAAAACAUGCAUAUGUGAUCUUAAGAUGCAGCUUCUGGCCAAGUAAUAUACUUACCUAGAGUUCAGAUCUGUAUACUUUCAGUGAUUUUUCAUUUCUUUGUAUGUCUUUCAUGUUGAAGCUUGAUUUUAAAGUAUUUCUCAAAGGUCUUUUUUUAUGUAUUUUAUGCAUAACACAGGCUUUGUGAUUAUGUUGAUUUAUGAUGUUAGUGUGAUACAGUAGUCCUUCAAAUCUUAGGUUUGCUACUUUAUACUUGAUUCUAUCUAACAGUCUUGUAAAUGUUUUCUUUCUUCUAAUAAUGGAUAUAAUUAUCAUGUUCAAUUUACUGAUAAAAGCUUCAGUUGUUAACUAAUCUGUAACUCAGCAGAAAUUAAGUAUGUCGAAAUAUAAGCAGAACCCUGCUUCUUAAAUUUAAUAUUCACUACUGUUUCUAUAAGAUCUAAUAUUAUAAUCCCCAAGAUUUGUAUUAUUUGUUGACAGGUUCUUUUAGAUUAGCUGGUUAAAAUAAUUCAAAGUCCAGUCCACGUAAUGAUAAGUUAUUUCUUCCUUAACAUUUUAAAAGCUUGAACACUGUUGUAUCUUGUAUGCCAUGCUAACUGUACUACACUAAUGUAAAAAUAAACUUACUUUUACAGAGUAACUCAAUAUGCAUGGUAGCUAACACAGAUCCAAAUACUUCACCAAAAAACUGAAACACACUGAUACCUUCUUUGAAUCUUGUAUUUAUAAUAUACUUUCAAAUUUACUAAAAAACUUUUGACAUAAAAUUUUAGAACUUUAUAGGUCUAUAUUAUUAAACCUAAAAUCUUAACAUCAUUAUUAUGAGCCAUAGACCCAUCUUAGCUAAAGAACAAAUUAAAACAUUAAAAAUAACACUUACUUGUCUAGAUUUAAUGGCAUUUGUGAUAUUUAUCCUAUUUGCACAGAUGUGUCAAUAGUAUAAAUAAAUAAUUUGCUACAUUUUCUCAGACAAAACUUUUUUCUGUUUUCGAGUUCUUACAGUUGUGUGUAUAAUAGAUUGUUAAGAAGAAAACUCAAAAAGUUAAUUGUGUUAUGCAACUUAUACCAUAUUCAUGAAAUAGUUCUUAUAAGCAAAAGGUGAAACCAAGUAAUAUCUAGACUACCCCUUAGCAGAGAGAGAUAGGCCAUAACGAAUUUACAACAACAAAAAAACAUUGAUUGUGGAAAAAAGGUACUUUUUAUAUAUAUGUAGGUAAAAUAUCAUCAUUUCUAAAAAUGUGUAAAGCUUCACUUAUUGUUCUAUACCAUCUGUCUUUCAUCAUUGUUUGCAUAUAAUUCUUAUUGAAGAUUAAAAUAUUUUGGCAAGAAAUAAUACCAUGCAGUUUUGCUUAAAUUUGAACAUUAAGAAGUAAACCAUCAAUAACAGUGUUUAUGGUAAUUAGAAAUUCAUUGUGAUUAGUACAGUAAAAUUUGUUAAAAUUACUAUUUUUAAUUAAUUAAAGGUCUCAUUGAAAGAUAUGACUGUCUAAUUAAAUUUUCAUAUUAAAAACAUUUUCUGUUAA